UAUCAUGACUCAGUUUACGAAAAUCUAAUCGUGGUUAAACGUGGUUAUAAAACACAUUAUCAGUUAAGGCUGGUUGAUGCACGAGUGUUAAAAACCGUUAUUUGUAUUCGUCCUCAGUAACAUCAAUUCGUUUCUUUUUAUUGGAUGGUUAUCCAAUAGGUGUUUAUCAAUCGCUUCUGUUCGUGCUAAUCCAGCGUUAUGAUGAAAUUUGCGCCUAAAACGUACGCGUCAGAAUGACGUAUAUAAAUGCCGAUCAAUUUCACAUAUAGAAAAUGUGGCAGCAAACACAUUAUUUCCCGCUGUUAUUCACAAUCGCAUAUUUUCUCGUUUCUGCUGAUAACAUUGCUGUUAAUACAGAACAGCUGAAGUUAUGCGGUGAAGAAUCGACAAGUACUCGCAGUUUAGUGUUUGUUAGUACAUUGGAUGGAAAGAUAUCUGCUCUUGAUGUUGCUAAUCAUGGACAAAAGCUGUGGACUUUGGAUUUCAAUGAUGGACCAAUGUUAUCAUCUAAUAUUCAUCGCAGAGAACUCAAUAAUAAUGGACAAUGGAUACGUCUGAUCCCAUCUUUGAAUGGUGCUUUGUAUAAGUUUGAUGGAGAAAAUUUGGAAAAUGUACCAAUAUCCACAGAUCAAUUGUUGCGUUCAUCAUAUCGUUAUUCUGAUGAUUUAGUCUUCUCAGGUGGUAAAGAGCUACAUUCCUAUGGUGUAUCAGCCAGUACAGGACAAAUUUUAUAUGAAUGCAAUGUUGAUGGGUGUAAAAACAAUACAAAUCGUGAAGGAUAUCUAGAGCAAGAACAAGAUUUACUUAUUAUUCAACGUUUACAACAAACUGUGCGAGCUAUUGAAGCUCUUACAGGUAUUGAAAGGUGGAACUUUAGUGUUGGACAACAUGAUUUAGUGUUGUCACCUUCUGCAGAUAUUUAUUGCUCCAAUAAAGCUACUGCUCUAAAUAUAGAAAUCAAAGCAAUUAUUCCAGAAGGUUUGAUUUGGGCUGUCAGUAAAAAUGAUCCUGUUGUUAAGUUAUGGCAACAUAAGUUUGACUCUCCAAUUGUCACAAUAUGGCGUGAAAAUGCAUCUAAAACUUCUACGAAUAAAGGAUCUUUGGAACAAAUUAAUUUAUUCGAUAGCUCUCAAUGGACCUGGGGAUCAGAACAUUCUACAGUCAAUCCAAGUUUAUAUUUAGGCAUGCAUGAAAAACAAUUAUACGUGCAAGAAAAUUUCAAUCUUCAGAAUUCAGAUUUGGAUUUGUUUUCUACACGUGUUCAACACACAAGAUACCCAUGGCAGCCAUAUCCAGCUGAUGAAACUGCACUUACAAGUACUUCAUUAAGUGAGGAUAACAAUGAAGUUUCUGAUGAAGCAACUCAAAUACAGAGCACAACUGCAUUAUCUGUAUUAUAUAAUUCAGAAUAUAUUAAUGGUAAUGGAUUUUACCUAUAUUCAAAGAAUCAGCUAACUGAUCAAUGUAAUCGUAGCAACAUGAAUAUGCUUAAUAUCAAUGAAGAAAAACCUAUCUCGAUUUAUACGACAGAAGAGACAGAUGAGGAAUCAGAUCAAAUACAAGUGAUAAUUUGGAUUAAGUGGAAGGGAAUGUUGAUGAUAACACUUGCUGCUAUUUUGUUGAAUUAUCUGUAUAUGCCACAUUUCAUACUUCGUGACUUAAACAAUUAUUACAAUAAUGUAAUAACAAUUUUUAAAACUAAAAAUACUGUAUUGUUGCCUUCUAUAAUAGAAGGACAGAUAGAAAAGAGCGAUUUAAUUAAUGGCGACAGUGAAAAUAUAAAUAAUUUUAAAUCACGUUAUUUAACGGACUUUGAGCCAGUUGAUUGCUUAGGAAAGGGAGGAUAUGGUGUAGUUUUUGAAGCAAAAAAUAAAAUUGAUGAUUGCAAUUAUGCUAUCAAAAGAAUUGCCUUGCCAAAUAGUGGAGAUUCGAGAGAACGUGUAAUGAGGGAAGUAAAAGCAUUAGCUAAGUUGGAUCAUCACAAUAUUGUGAGAUAUUAUGCUUGGCUAGAAUGUCCUCCUUGUGGAUGGCAAGAAGAACACGAUCAGCAAUGGAUUGAUAAGCUAAAUACUUCAUCUGGAUUUCCUUCAGAAAUAACUCAGACUGAAACAAGACUUAACGGUUCUGUAUGCAUCGAUGUUUCACAUACUGAUCCGUCUUCCAUAGAAAAUGCACUCGAUGCUUUAAAGUUUAAUAAUAAAAAUGUUAAUGAUGAUUCAUUUGUUGUAUUUGAAAAAUCAAGCAGGCAAUACGAUACAGAUGCAAUUUACAUUGAUGGUUGUAGUACUGACAAUUCAAACUUGGUUUCUUCAAGAAACGAAACUGAAGAAGAAUUGUCUGAUGUUAAGGAUACCAGUCAUUCCGACAGUAUUGUAUUUGAAGCAACUGAUAAUAGUGUGCUAGAGAAAGAAAAAUACGAACACCAGAAACUCUUUUCCUCAGAUUUAAAUAACAAAUCAAACAAACAAAAAUCAGCAAAAAUGUUUCUAUAUAUACAAAUGCAAUUGUGCCAAAGACUCAGUCUCAGGGAAUGGUUGAAGCAACACACAUCAGCAAGAGAUCCUUUCCAGGUGUUAAAUAUAUUUCAACAGAUAAUAGGUGCUGUGGAAUAUGUCCAUUUACAAGGAUUAAUUCAUCGAGAUUUGAAGCCAUCGAAUAUAUUUUUUGCUUACGAUAAUAAAAUAAAAAUCGGCGAUUUUGGCCUUGUAACUGCAAUGACUGAAAGUUGCGAUGAGAUCUGUAUAUCUGAUCCCGAGAAUGAAAAUAUUACUUUUAAAAAUAGUAUACAUACUGCGUGUGUUGGCACUCACUUAUAUAUGUCACCUGAACAAAUAAGUGGCCAAAUGUACAACUAUAAAGUAGAUAUUUAUUCUUUAGGAAUAAUUUUUUUUGAGCUUCUUACACCAUUUUUUACUGAUAUGGAAAGAAUAGUGGCGCUUUCAAAUCUGAAACAACUUAUUUUUCCAAAAAAUUUUGCAGACAUUUAUACUACUGAGUACAAUUUGCUCAAAAUGAUGUUGGAUAAUGAUCCUACUAAACGACCUACAACUUUAGGCAUUAAAUCAAGGUUACCCUUGCAAAAUUAUGAAAUAGCUAAUGAACUUAAUACAGAUAAAGAUUCAAAGUGGCAUUUUGAGUUGCCACAAUUAACUAGACAUUCUUCUGUGACUAGCAGUAAUACUAGUAAUGAAUCGUUUGAACACAUAAGUUAAGUAUGUAAGUAACAAAUAUUUUUGAACUUCUUAUUCCAGAUAAGUCCAUAAAAUGUUAUUUAUUUUUUUAUGCAUUAAUUUAUCAACAUUUUGAGGAUAAAUACUCGUGCCGUUACACGAAAUAUAUUAUGAAUAUGAGUAAUAAUAUAAAUUUCAAUCAUAUCAAUAUAUCGAAAUAUAAUUGUGAUCCACUUAAUCAUUAGCUAAUUUAUACUAGAUAUUCGUACUAAAUUGGUCUAAUCAGCUAUUACAAUAACAGUACAGUGCAAAUUUAGCACGAAUAAAAAAUAUAAAUUAGUAGUA